AUGGAGGCGCUUGACUUAUCUCCUGGCAACGCCACCUUCUUCGCAGCCGUCGUCGUGUGCGGCAUCCUCUCGAUCCGCAUCAUCGUCCCACCGAACAACACGCCCCAGGCGAGUGCCUGGAAGAGCGACAGCAUUUCCUUUUAUGCGGGCAACAAUGUCUUCAUCUACAGCGCCAUCGCCGCCAUGUCGGCCCUCAACCUCUACUACGCCGCCCUGGUCUUGAGCCCGCCCGAGACGGUCGCGCGUAUCUGCCCCGUCGGCACCACCUCGCGCCUGAACCCGGAGCUCUUUGCAUGGAGCCCAACCACCAUCAUCUCUUUCCUGGCGAUUCUCGUCGGCGCGCCGCUUCGUCUGGGUGCCUUCAGCGGUCUGGGUCGCAACUUUACGUUUGGCCUAGCCAAGCCGAGCGGGCUGGUGACAGACGGCAUCUACAAGUACAUCCAGCACCCCAGCUACACGGGCAUCUUUCUGGUGGCCGUCGCCGCCGCGGCCACCUUUUUCCGCCCUGAUGGCGCCGCUGCGUGCUUGAUACCGACACAGUAUGGGCCUCUCAUUGAUGCGUGGCUGCCGACAGCCUGUGCUGGGCUUACGCUGCUGACGGCCUUGCAAAUCUACACACGGGUCUCCCAGGAGGAGGCCAUGCUGAAGGAACUCUUUGGCAAGGAGUGGAUACAGUGGAACAAGCGUACCGCCAGAUUCAUCCCGGGCCUUUUAUAA